GCUAAAAGUUUUUCUCUGUCAGUGAAAGAAAGUAGAGUGUAACAUGUGGAUCAGAAAUCAGAGGGGAUGACAAACUUUUUACGGACGUAUGUUUUCAGGAAUUUGUUUUUCUACAUCAUGUCCAGAUGAUGAUGGCAACACUGCAGCUGAAACUUUUCUUGAGUGAUGGGCAAAGGAGUUUUCAUUUAAGACAGAGCGGACCAGGAUCCCUGUACAAGUCUGAUCGCGUUAUUAAUUAAAAUACUUUAACACAUAAUCUACACGUGCGCAUUACUGUGCUUGGAAAUUUACUAGAUUGUAAAGAAAUAUUUUAAACUUCAGCAAAACUGUAUUCCAGAACUGUUAAAUUGGUUUUAUUGACAUUGUAAAACACAACCUAUCCGGUGUAUGUGUUGAACUGAAAUCACGUGCAUCAUGCAGAAGUUGAAUUCGGUUAACAGUCACACGGAGCUCCAGCAGCGGCUGGCCGAUCACGGCGGAUCCGGAGACAGUGCGAUCGAGAACGGCACGAAACACAUCGUGAGCCCCGCUGAACCUGCCGACAGUGUGGAGUGCUCCAGCAGGAAGAUGCUGGUCGGGUUGGACAUCCUCUGUCUGCUCGUGGCCUCCAUUCCGUUCUUCGCCUGUGAGCUCAAAGCUGUGACUCCAUAUAUGAGGGGUUUCUUCUGUGGGGACUCCAGCAUCACCUACCCUUAUAUAGAGAGUGAGGCCAUUUCUGAUAGCAUGCUUAUAGCAGGGGGCAUCAUCAUAACAGGGCUUACGAUUGCUGUUGGGGAGUGUUACCGGGUGCGAUUCAGAGGCGUGCACUCGCGAGCAUUUGUGCGGAACUGCUACGUGUCUUGCCUGUACAAGGAGCUGGGUAGCUUCCUGUUUGGGUGCUGUGUGGGGCAAUCCUUGACCAACAUGGCAAAGCUAAGUGUAGGCCGACUUCGUCCCCACUUCCUGUCGGUGUGUAACGUGACGUACGCUUCACUCAACUGCACACCUGGAACCUACAUCUCAGACAUCGUCUGCAAGAACAAAAAAAAGAUGGUGGAGGAGGCCAGAAAGUCCUUCUUCUCGGGCCAUGCAUCAUUCGCCAUGUACACCAUGCUUUACCUGGCAUUCUACCUGCAGGCGCGGUUGUCAUGGCGAGGGGCGCGGCUCCUGCGACCGUUGCUGCAGUUCAUGUUGGUGAUGUUAGCAAUGUACACCGGACUCAGCCGCAUUUCUGACUACCGCCAUCAUCCCACUGACGUCUUGACCGGCUUCCUGCAGGGAGGACUCACCGCUUACUGGGUGGCCUUUUACAUCUCGUCCAUGUUUAAGACGUCUCGUCCAGACCUGUCCCCUACGAGCCUGUCUCUAGAGAGCCCCCUGUCCAGCCAGCAGACGGUCUGCUAACAGAGCACACCUGGACACAGAGACACCUGAGAGACAUGAAAGAGAUUGACAGUGAAAGUGAGAAGAAAGGGGGGCGUGAUGGAAUGAAGAAGGGGACUUGGACGAAGUUCAUGUCUUGACAAAUCCUCAGAGAAAACCAUUUGUGACCCAGAAAGAAGAAGAGCAGUUAUAUACGUCUAACCCUGCAACAAACCCGUCCGCAAUCUAUCAACCCUCCAUAGAUAAAUGAUAUUUUUAUAUAAAAAGUUUAUCCUUUAUAUUUUUGAAAUGUGUUAUAGUUGAAGCUGCUAAUAACUGUUGUUUAUAAUUUGUCACCUGUAGUCCGUGCUUGUUCUUGUAGUUUCAGUCAGAGAUUCACACUUUACAGCGAUUAAAAUAUAAUAACUGCUUAUUUCUUGCCAUAUGUAAUAGGGGCUUUUGACAUCAGUAUCUCAAGCUAUUUGGUUCGUGUUGAAUGAGGCCCACCAGUCAAAUGUUCUGAAUUGGGAUCUGCCAUUGGGCAAAAAUGGACCAAUUACGACAACACUUUGGCCUGAGACCACACCCCUUUGUUAUUGCUAAAGAGCAGUUCAGUUUGUAGUCCUAAAACCCAGGACAUUAGUUACGUUAGCAAUUUCCAAUUUUAAAACACAAAGCAGAUUUAAAAUGUACAUUUGUGGUAUGACUGUGUGAAAUAUAUGUUGUAGAAAAAACUGUGGUAGUUGUAGUCCCUAGCUUGUAGCUUGUUAGCAACUGUUAGCAACUGUUUUAAUGCAAAAAACGGCUUCUAAAUUCACACCUUUGCGAAACAAAAAGUAAGAUCUCUACAAGUAGUUAUCUGCAGACCUUAUUUUACUCAUAAAUAGAGAACAAGUAUUCUAAAAACAUUGGAAAUUAUGAAGAGAACCCAAAAAUGCUAGUUCUGCAAGUUCUGGGUUUAGGGCUAAAAACUGAGCAGCUCUUUUGCACCUACCUAGACCACACCUCUGGUGUGCUGUUGCACAAUCGUGAUGCCGUGCUGAUUUUAGACACCCUGUGUUUAUUAAAAGCACAGAUUUGGUAUCUGAUUUUAUGCUAAUGCUAUUUAGCUUGACCCAUUGUGUUGUAUUAAAGUGGGCUAAACCCCAUGUUACUAACCACUUCAUGAGUCAGACUACAGAGUGACUGAAAGGAGGUUUAACCGUAAAAUCUCCUCAACCCCUGCAUCUGCACCAUGAGGGCUUGAAUCCCACCCUCAGUAGACCAGGGGUCUAUACCUGUGUACCCUUUACUACUCAUAGCACUUGAAUUACACUAUGGAAACUUCUAAUUACUACAGAUAAUAUUUUAUAUUUUGUUUUGUUUAAUCAGUGUUUUACUUUCUGCCUGCAGUCAGUGCCAUUUGUUGGUGUGUAUGUGGGUUUAAUCCCCCCAAAUUAUAAUUAUUCAGAAUGAAUGUAUAUAAAUCAUUUUAUAAACGAUCCAGAUUUUCAGAAGUAUUAGCAUCAGUUUUGUAAGUUUAUGUUUUACAUGUUUAUAUGUGUUUUUAUCGUUCGUGUUCAUCAAGGAAUGCAGAGUUGUUGUUGCUAAUUGUAAAAGAGACUAGUGACUGAGCCAGAAAUACGUUACGUUGUCAGAAAGCUAUAUUCUACUUAUCUAGUUUCAUUUCAUUUGUUGGUUUCCCCUGUGAAAGCCUAGAAGGCUGAAAUAACCACUGUAUUAAUAAACCAAACCAAUAAAAGGAAUGUUCAAUCUUUGUAUCUAAUUUUGGUCUUCUCUC